GCAUCCACAACCUUAUUCCCUCUCUCUCUCUCUCUCUCUCUCUCUCUCUGAAGCAAUUUCAAAAUAAAAAUGGGAAAUUGCUUGGCUCUCUGUAUUCCGAGAAGAUGUUCUGGUUCCCCUGUUUCUGAAACAGGGGACGGUGGCGCUGAGAGCAGGGCGUCCUCAUGCAUAGCUGACAAGGAACAGUUAGCUGCGGGGGUUACGAGGAUUAAGUUGGUAAUAACAAAGCAACAGCUUCAGGAUUUGUUGCGGAAGCAAGUCUCGGUGGAGGAGGUGGUUGCAGGGGUCGAGAACAGAGCAUUUUGCUCUGCCACUGCCUGGAAGCCGAAGCUCGAAUCGAUCCCCGAAGGAAGCGAGUAAGAAGAUGUUCGCCAUAACUUGUGGAUGUAACUCAUGUGACUUCCCACUCUAGUAAAUUAUUUCUUCUUAUUAAAGCUAUUAAGGAAAAAUAAUUACUCUUGAGUCGGAAGUCA